AUGAGAGUGGCCCUCCUGGCCCUCAGACUGAUGUGCUUGGCCUGGUUGUGGCCUGUCACCCGGCUCGACAGCAGCCACUUCACGAACAAGAGGAGACACAAGGAUAUGUAUGUCGCAGAGAAGACCAAGCAAAAGCAUGGAGGACGGGUGGAUCUUAAGAUGAAAAAGCUGGACAGCACCAAGUCUCUGCUAAUUAAAUCUGAGCAGCUGCUUCGGAUUGAAGACCAUGACUUUGCAAUGCGGCCAGGCUUUGGAGGUUCUGCUAUUCCUGUCGGCAUCGACGUCCAGGUGGAGAGCAUUGACAGCAUAUCCGAAGUAAACAUGGACUUCACCAUGACUUUGUACCUGAGGCAUUACUGGCAGGAUGAUCGCCUGGCCUUCCCCUCCAGCAACAACAAGAGUCGUACCUUCGAUGCACGUCUUGUGAAGAAAAUUUGGGUUCCUGAUGUAUUCUUUGUCCACUCUAAACGCUCUUUCAUCCAUGAUACAACCAUGGAGAACAUCAUGCUGAGGGUUUAUCCUGACGGAAACAUCCUCUACAGUGUCAGGAUCACCGUGACCGCACUUUGCUCAAUGGACUUCAGUAGUUUCCCUCUGGACACACAGAAUUGCUCUCUGGAGCUGGAGAGCUAUGCUUACAAUGAGAACGACCUCAUGCUCUACUGGAAGAACGGGAACGAUUCAUUAAGGACUGACGAGAUCGUGCUCUCUCAGUUUUUUAUUGAAGACUUCCAGCCUUCCUUUGGGCUUGCCUUCUACAGCAGUACUGGUUGGUAUAAUCGGCUCUACAUAAACUUCAUUCUCAGGAGGCAUAUCUUCUUCUUCAUGCUUCAGACGUACUUUCCCACAAUGCUGAUGGUGAUGCUGUCCUGGGUGUCUUUCUGGAUAGACAGGAGGGCGGUACCCGCCCGUGUCUCUCUGGGCAUCACCACGGUUCUGACAAUGUCCACCAUCAUCACUGGUGUCUCAGCCUCUAUGCCACAGGUGUCUUACGUCAAAGCUGUAGACAUUUACUUGUGGGCAAGCUUCCUGUUUGUCUUCCUGUCUGUCAUCGAGUACGCUGCUGUCAACUAUUUCACCACAGUGGAGGAGAUGAAGAAGCUCAAAAGGGCAAAGAUCCCCACCUCCUUCAACGCCACCGAGGCUAUGGUCUUUGACGGCUGUUUCCAUGACAAUGAAAUUGACCUGACUCCUUUCCCAGAGGUCUCCAGCACCCCAAAUACAGAGAGGAACACCCAGUCACGAAACUCCAUUGUCUCCGCACCCACAGAAGGCACCAGGCUACGCCGCAAGCACCCGUUCAAACAAAACCUCAGCUUCAUCAUGAGCAACAGCUACAUGAUUGAUUCUUACUCCAGAGUCAUAUUUCCCCUGGCUUACCUGCUCUUCAACGUCAUUUACUGGAGUUUGUAUGCAUAG